AUGGCUCCCCACGCCAGUGCGGAUGUUGCGGCCAAUGGCGCCGUGAACGGGUCUGCCUCUUCCUCUUCUCCGUUGUUCACUGUCAACUCGCCCAAUGUGGUCUACACCGACAAGGAGAUCAGAAGCCAGUAUGCCUACCAUACCACUGAUAUCACCCGGACCGCCGACAACAAGCUGGUGGCCACUCCCAAGGCCACCGACUACCACUUCAAGGUCGACCGCAAGGUUGGCAAGGUCGGUGUCAUGAUGGUCGGUUGGGGCGGGAACAAUGGUUCCACCGUCACUGCCGGUCUCAUUGCCAACCGCCGCCAGCUGUCCUGGGAGACUCGCGAGAAGAUGCAGUCCGCCAACUACUAUGGCUCCAUGGUCAUGGGCUCCACCAUCAAGCUAGGCACUGACGCCAAGACGGGCGAGGAGAUCAACGUCCCGUUCCAUGACAUGCUACCCAUGGUCCACCCCAAUGAUCUGGCCGUCGGUGGCUGGGACAUCAGCGCCAUGAACCUGGCUGCGGCCAUGGACCGUGCUCAGGUCCUGGAGCCUGCUCUCAAGCAGUCAGUCCGCAAGGAGAUGGCCGAGAUGAAGCCCCUGCCUUCCAUCUACUACCCGGACUUCAUCGCCUCGAACCAGGAGGACCGUGCCGACAACGUCCUUGAGGGUGACAAGGCAUGCUGGGCCCAUGUGGAGAAGAUCCAGAAGGACAUUCGUGACUUCAAAGCUCAGAACGGCCUGGACAAGGUCAUUGUCAUGUGGACCGCCAACACGGAGCGCUACGCUGACAUCGUCCCCGGCGUCAAUGACACCGCCGACAACCUGCUGAACGCCAUCAAGACCGGCCACCUCGAGGUUGCUCCCUCGACCGUCUUCGCCGUGGCCUGUAUCCUGGACCAGGUGCCCUUCAUCAACGGCUCGCCCCAGAACACCUUCGUGCCCGGCGCCCUCCAGCUCGCCGAGCAGCGCAAGGCCUUCAUCGGCGGCGACGACUUCAAGUCGGGCCAGACCAAGAUGAAGUCCGCGCUGGUGGACUUCCUGAUCAACGCGGGCAUCAAGCUCACCUCGAUCGCCAGUUACAACCACCUGGGCAACAACGACGGCAAGAACCUGAGCUCGCAGAAGCAGUUCCGCUCCAAGGAGAUCUCCAAGUCCAACGUCGUCGACGACAUGGUCGCCGCCAACCAUCUCCUCUACGAGAAGGACGAGCACCCGGACCACACCGUCGUCAUCAAGUACAUGCCGGCCGUGGGCGACAACAAGCGCGCGCUCGACGAGUACUACGCCGAGAUCUUCAUGGGCGGCCACCAGACCAUCAGCCUGUUCAACAUCUGCGAGGACUCGCUGCUGGCGUCGCCGCUCAUCAUCGACCUGGUCCUCAUCACCGAGGUCAUGACCCGCAUCACCUGGAAGGAGGAUGCCACGGCUGACUACAAGGGCUUCCACAGCGUGCUCAGCGUGCUGAGCUACAUGCUCAAGGCGCCUCUGACGCCCCCCGGUACUCCGGUCGUCAACUCGCUCAACAAGCAGCGCUGCGCUCUGACCAACAUCUUCCGUGCUUGUGUCGGUCUGCAGCCUGAGUCGGAGAUGACCCUCGAGCACAAGCUGAUGUAA